GUUCGUGAGUGUUACAAAAAAACCUUUUUGUGGAAACUCACUGACGCUAAAACCAUUCAUCUUCAUCCUUCAAUCUUCUUCUGAUCACCAUGGCCAAAGAUGAGGUUAUUGAUGUUGAAGAUUUGGAGGAGUAUAUGGAUAUUCAUGACGAAGAUGAUGAUGAACUAGAAAAUGAAUAUGAACAAGAUGGAUUCAUAGUUGAUGACAUUGAAGAAGACGAGGAAGAUGAAGAUGAAAGUGAGCAAGAGCUUCAGAAGAAGAAAAAGAGGAAGAAAAUCAGGGAGGAGUAUGUCCUUGAUGAAGAUGAUAUUUAGUUGCUCCACGACAAUAACAAGGAAAGCAAAACGUUCAAGCGACUUAAAAAGGGCCACAGGGAAGAGGAGGAGGAUGCCGAAGAAGAUGAAAUGUCCCACUUCAUUGUGGACGAAGAAGAAGAAGAAGUUGAUGAGAACGGAGCCCCUGAGAGGACUAAGAAGCCAAAGGGUGUAAGAAGGCCUAUGGCACCAGGAGUCUCCUCCUCCUCUUUACAAGAGGCUCAUGAAUUAUUUGGCGAUGUCGAUGAACUUCUUUUGGCUCGCAAUCAUAUUCGAGGAUCAAAUGAUUAUAAAGAGACUAGACUUGAAGAUGAGUUUGAGCCUAUUGUUCUCUCUGACAAAUAUAUGACUGAGAACGAUCACCGCAUUAGGGACCUCGACAUUCCUGAGAGAAUGCAGAUAUCUGAGGAGAGUACCGGUGCUCCUUCACUUGAUGGAAGCAGUAUAGAUGAAGAGGGUCGGUGGAUAGUUACUCAACUUAAAAAUGGGGAAGUCCCUUGGAUUCACAAGAAAGAUUCAAGAGAGGAGCUACCGAUUGACAAGGAUGAUAUCGUCAGAUUUUUGGAACUGCAUCAUGUGCAAAAAUUAGAUAUUCCUUUUAUUGCCAUGUAUCGAAAGGAGAAGUGUUUAAGCUUAUUGAAAGACCUAGAGCAACUUGAAGCUGGUGAUGAUAAUUUUGAUAUGAAUAACAAGACACCUACUCUAAAAUGGCACAAGAUACUUUGGGCUCUACAGGACCUGGACAAGAAGUGGUUGUGUCUUCAGAAGCGGAAGAGUGCCCUCCAAUUAUACUACAAUAAACGGUUUGGCGAAGAGUCACGUUGUGUAUAUGAUGAAACAAGACUGAACUUGAAUAGGAAAUUGUUUGAUUCAGUUAUGAGAUCACUGAAAGAGGCGGAAUCUAAGAGGGAGGUUGAUGAUGCUGUUUCCAUGUUCAACUUGCAUUUCCCACCUGGUGAAGCCAGUGUUGAUGAAGGACAGUACAGAAGGCCAAAACGGAAGUCAAUGUAUAGCACUUUCAGUAAGGCGGGUCUGGGGGAGGUUGCAAGUAGGUUUGGGUGUAGCUCUGAGCAAAUCGGGUUAUGUUUAUCUGUAGUUCAGCUGCAUGAGUUGGAAGAUCCAAAGGAAACACCACAAGAGUUGGCUUCUAACUUCACUAGUGCAAUGUAUGAUACACCUGAAAAAGUACUUAAAUGUGCUAGGCAUAUGGCAGCUGUUGAGAUAACUUGUGAGCCUAGCAUAAAGAAACAUGUUCGUAGAUGCUUUAUUGACCAUGCUGUGGUGUCAACCUCUCCUACUGCCGAUGGAAAUAUGACCAUAGAUUCGUUCCAUCAGUUUUCUGGGGUGAAGUGGCUGCGAGAAAAGCCUUUGUUUAAAUUUGAGGAUGCCCAAUGGCUCCUUAUACAGAAGGCAGAAGAAGACAAACUCAUACAAGUUACUAUUAAGCUUCCCGAUGAGUAUCUUAAUAAGUUAAUAGACCAAUUCAAAGAGUAUUAUGUUAGUGAUAGUGUUAGCAGAUCUGCUCAAAUGUGGAAUGAACAGAGGAAGCUCAUACUGCAUGAUGCAAUUUUUCAAUUUCUUUUACCAUCAAUGGAAAAAGAAGCAAGAGUCGUCCUAGCAAACAAAGCAAAGCAUUGGGUGCUUAUGGAGUAUGGGAAGGCCUUGUGGAAUAAGGUUUCUGUGGGGCCUUAUCAACAACAGAAGGAAAAUGAUCUUACCUUGGAUGAUGUGGCUGCUCCUAGGGUUAUGGCAUGCUCUUGGGGCCCUGGAAAGCCACAGACUACUUUUGUUAUGUUAGAUUCAUCUGGAGAAGUUCAAGAUGUGCUACACACUGGGUCGCUUACUCAAAGGUCACAGAAUGUCCAUGACCAACAAAGGAAAAAGAGUGACGAGAAACGUGUGUUGAAGUUCAUGACAGAUCACCAACCUCAUGUUGUGGUAUUAGGAGCCGCUAACUUGUCUUGCCCUCGCUUGAAAGAAGACAUAUAUGAGGUUAUUUUUAAGAUGGUCGAGGAAAAUCCUAGAGAUGUUGGGCAUGAAAUGGACAGGCUCAGCAUUGUGUAUGGCGAUGAAUCUCUGCCUCGUCUUUAUGAAAAUUCUCUAAUUUCUUCUGAACAACUUCCUUCGCAGCAACUAGGUAUAGUGAGGCGGGCUGUUGCUCUUGGAAGAUAUCUCCAGAACCCGUUGGCAAUGGUUGCGACACUAUGUGGGCCCAGGAAGGAAAUAUUGUCAUGGAAGCUGAGCCCUUUGGAGAGUUUUCUCAACCUGGAUGAUAAAAUUGGGAUGGUUGAGCAGGUUAUGGUAGAUGUGACCAAUCAGGUUGGCUUAGACAUUAAUUUAGCAACAAGUCACGAAUGGUUAUUUGCUCCGUUACAAUUUAUUUCGGGGCUUGGUCCCCGGAAGGCUGCAUCCUUGCAGAGAUCGCUGGUUAGAGCCGGCUCAGUUUAUACCCGGAAGAACUUUUUGACAGAACACCAACUUGGUAAAAAAGUAUUUGUCAAUUCGGUUGGUUUCUUGCGUGUCCGGCAAAGUGGAUUGGCCGCCUCUAGCAGCCAAUUUUUUGAUUUGCUGGAUGAUACACGAAUUCAUCCAGAAUCGUAUAUUCUUGCUCAGGAGCUGGCCAAAGAUUUGUAUAAGGAAGAUGGCACAGGUGAUGCAACUGAUGACGAUGAUGCCCUAGAGGUGGCCAUAGAACACGUGAGAGAUCGACCUAGUUAUUUGAAAAACCUCGACGUUGAGGAAUAUGCUGUUGGAAAACUUCGUCAAGACAAAAUUAAAACUUUCUAUGAUAUAAAGAGAGAAUUGAUUCAAGGGUUUCAGGAUUGGCGUAAGCAAUAUGAAGAACCAAGUCAGGAUGAGGAGUUUUAUAUGAUAUCAGGUGAGACAGAAGAGACUCUUGCUGAAGGUAAAGUGGUCCAGGUUACAGUUCACCGAGUUCAAGCCGAGAAAGCAAUAUGUAGGCUUGAAUCUGGAAUGACUGGAAUCCUUAUGAAAGAAGACUUUGCAGAUGACUGGAGAGAUAUAAUUGAAUUAUCUAAUAGGCUACAUGAAGGUGACAUACUCACUUGUAAAAUCAAGUCAAUCCAAAAGAACAGGUAUCAAGCCUUCCUUCUUUUUAAAGAAAGUGGAAUGAGAAGUGAUCGGGUGCAUAACAACCACAAUUUUGAUCCCUAUUACCAUGAAGAACAGAGCUCCUUGCCGAGUGAGCAAGACAAAACUCAGAAACAAAAGGAUGCAAAAAAACAUUUCAACGCAAGGAUGAUUGUUCAUCCACGAUUUCAUAACCUUACUGCUGAUGAAGCAACCAAGUUCUUGUCAGACAAAGAUCCUGGUGAAAGUAUUUUCCAUCCUAGUUCACUGGGUCCUUCAUACCUUACUUUGACUCUUAAAAUUCACGAUGGAGUAUAUGCUCACAAAGAUAUAGUUGAAGGUGGGAAGAAACUGAAGGACAUCACAAGCUUACUUCGAAUAGGAAAUACACUUAAAAUUGAAGAUGACACUUUUGAGGAUUUAGAUGAGGUUAUAGACCGAUAUAUUGAUCCCUUGGUGACUCACUUAAAAACAAUGUUAAAUUAUCGCAAGUUCAGGACGGGCACAGAAACAAAAGUUGAGGAGCUUUUGAGGAUCGAAAAGGCGGAAUAUCCCAUGCGCAUAGUUUAUAGUUUUGGCAUCUCUCUUAAACAUCCAGGCACAUUUAUAUUGACUUACAUUAGAAGUACUAAUCCACACCACGAGUACAUUGGUCUUUACCCCAAAGGAUUCAUGUUCCGCAAAAAGAUGUUCAAGGAUAUUGACCGGCUUGUGGCAUAUUUUCAAAGGCACGUUGAUGAUCGAAAAAAUGAUUCAGUAGCUUCCGUUAAAUCUGUAGCUGCAAUGGUACCAAUCCGAAGCUCUGCAACUGGUUGCUCAUCAGGGGCAUCCGUGGGGAGUGGCUGGGGUGGUUCAAACAGCAAGUGUGGUUCCAGAACAGGACGACCUGAUUACAGAAACAAUGGGAAUCGAGAUGAACGCCCUAGUGGAAUGCCUCGUCCAUAUGGUUGUGGUUCUUAUAACAGUAGCAGUAGAGGACACAGCAAUCAUGGCGCGACCAGGUGGGGAUCUGCUAUAAAAGACAGGGAUGAUAGUUUAAGCAACUUCCCAGGGCUAAGGUUCAAAAUUCCCCUGGUGGUUGGGGAACUGGACUCAAGAAAGCUGUUGAAAGUGGAUGCUCUCGAAACUGGAUCAAAUGAUAUGAAUUUCUUUCUCACAAGAACAUUUAGUGGACCUUUCAUUAUUACAUAGAUAAAAUGAUUUUUAAUUUUUGUAUUUACAUGUUUACUUGAUCUUAGUUUAUGUACAGAAAACUCAUAAUUUAGGGUCAUAUGCCUAUAUAUACACACAAAAAGUGCUUUAUAAAUUGUUUUAGUACAAUCUUAGUUGAGAUAAAAAAUUUGAAAGAGAAUUUAUUAUUAUGUCAAAAUAAAAUAUAAUUCUCAUACCUUUGUUUAAUGAUAUUUCAUCUUUGAUUUACACAUAGUUUUACUCAUAUAAUAAAGUGUCAAAAUAACAUCUCUUUUGGUUUUGGUGCCCCAAAAAGUUUAAGAUCUUGUGUGAUCACACGCCAUAAACAUACUUAAAACU